UAUAAGGAAGUGAAACUCACACAGUCACUGACACUGAGAGGAGAAAUGGCGCAGAAAGGAGUUCAGCUGGAGAGUGAAACAAUUUCUUGUUCCAUCUGCUUGGAUUUCCUGAAAGAUCCGGUGACUACAGCCUGUGGACACAGCUACUGCAGGAACUGUAUUAAAAGUUUCUGGGAUGAAGAGGACAGGAAGGGAAUCCACAGCUGCCCUCAGUGCAGGAAGACUUUCACACCGAGGCCUGUCCUGGAGAAAAACAUCAUGUUAGCAGCUUUAGUGGAGCAGCUGAAGAAGACUGGACUCCAAGCUGCUCCAGCUGAUCACUGCUAUGCUGGACCUGAAGAUGUGGCCUGUGAUGUCUGCACUGGGAGGAAGCUGAAAGCCAUCAAGUCCUGUGUGGUGUGUCUGAUCUCCUACUGUGAGAAACACAUUCAGCUUCAUCUGGAGUCUCCUGCCUUUGAAAAACACAAGCUGGUGGCCCCCUCCAAGAAGCUCCAGGAGAACAUCUGCUCUCGUCAUGAUGAGGUGAUGAAGAUUUUCUGUCGUACUGAUCAGCAGAGUAUCUGUUAUCUCUGCUUGAUGGAUGAACAUAAAGGCCAUGAAACAGUCCCAGCUGCAGCAGAAAGGACUGAGAAGCAGAAGGAGCUCGAGGUGAGACGACUAAACAUCCAGCAGAGGAUCCAGGAGCGAGAGAAAGAUGUGAAGCUGCUUCAACAGGAGGUGGAGGCCAUCAAUGGCUCUGCUGAUAAAGCAGUGGAGGACAGUGAGAAGAUGUUCACUGAGCUGAUCCGUCUCCUCCAGAAAAGAAGCUCUGAUGUGAAGCAGCAGGUCAGAUCCCAGCAGGAAACUGAAGUGAGUCGAGUCAAAGAGCUUCAGGAGAAGCUGGAGCAGGAGAUCGCUGAGCUGAAGAGGAAAGACGGCGAGCUGGAGCAGCUCUCACACACAGAGGAUCACAACCAGUUUCUACACAACUACCCCUCACUGUCAGCACUCAGUGAGUCUACACACUCAUCCAGCAUCAAUAUUCGUCCUCUGAGCUACUUUGAGGACGUGACAGCAGCUGUGUCAGUGACCAGAGAUAAACUACAGGACAUUCUGAGAGACAAAUGGACAAACAUCUCACUGACAGUCACUGAAGUGGAUGUUUUACUGUCACCACCACAACCAGAGCCAAAGACCAGAGCUGGAUUCUUAAAAUAUUCACGGGAACUCACACUGGAUCCAAACACAGCACAUUUAAAUGUGGUAUUAUUUGAAGGGAAUAGAAAAGCAAAAGCAAUCAAAAAACAACAGUCUUAUUCUGAUCAUCCAGACAGAUUCACUAAAUGGUAUCAAGUCCUGAGUAGAGAGAGUCUGACUGGACGUUGUUACUGGGAGGUGGAGUGGAGAGGGCGUGAAACUGAUAUAGCAGUCUCAUACAAGGAUAUUAACAGAUUAAGGACAACAUUUGGAUAUAAUGAUAUAUCUUGGGCAGUGCGCUGUGACAGAAACGGUUAUGAAUUCUGGCACAACAAAGUCCAAACUGUCCUCUCAGGUCCUCGGUCCUCCAGAGUAGGAGUGUACCUGGAUCACAGAGCAGGUAUUCUGUCUUUCUACAGCGUCUCUAAAAACAUGACUCUCCUCCACAGAAUCCAGACCACAUUCACUCAGCCGCUCUAUGCUGGAUUUUUAUUUUCUGAAGGAGACACUGCAGAAUUCAUUAAACUGUAAAAGAUAGAAGAUGCAGUUAGUUUAAAUGUGUCUUUCAGUUUCCAGUUUCAUUGUUAUGGUGUUUAAUCUUCACAUAGAUCACCUGUCAGUCACUCUUUAUAAGUUCUACUUUCAGAUCUUAUUAAUUGUCUUCUAGUUAAUUGUUGUUUUUGUUUGAUUUGGCGCUACUUACUGUGUUUGUUUUGCCAAAGAGGCUCUCACUGCUCAUGAUUUUUAUUCAGCAAAGGUAACAUUGUAUAGUUUGUUUUGGAAAUAUUUUCCGGAUUUUACUGAUUUCGCGUUUGAACAAAAUGAAGUUUUAAAUCAGGGCUGAAGCAGUUUUUUUUGUCAUAUAUGCUUAAGUGUGUCAUUAUCAUUCUUGUUUCCAAUAUUGUCAGGGAGUAUUCUAGUAAUAUUUUGUAUUAUGGUUUAUAUUCAGGUUCAUUUAUAGUCUUAGUUAUUCUAUUGUGAGUUUCUCUUAUUCCCUGUUUAGCUUUUGAUUAUUAGACUCCCGCUUGUGUCUUUGCCCUCUGUGUCUCUCUAUUUGUGCUGUAUUUAUAUAUAUGGAGUUCUUGUGUCUUGUUUCCCUCCUCGUGUUUCAUUCUUUGUUCUCCAAUGCUUGCCAUGUGUAUCCAUGUUUCCCCAGUCUGUCAUGUCUCUCUUGUCUCCUCUUUCACUCCCUCGUACUCUCUCGUCUGCCUUUCCUCUACUCCUGUGUUAUGUCCCUCUGUUUCCUGUUUGUCGUGUUUCCAUGUUUGGUGUGUCUGGUUUUGCUUCCCGUGUGGCGUAGUAUAUUUUGCAUUCUCAGUUUUGUUAAUGUUGGUUUUCCUUGUGUUCAGCAAUAAAGCUCUUUUUGAGUUACUUUUUGCCUACCUGGGUCUGCAGUUGGGUCCAAUCCUGCCUGCUCAAGUUCAUGACACUAAACUCAAAAUUGGUCCCUAAAGCAAUUUUUCCACCUACUGAUCUGCUGACUGAUCUUUUAUAAAUGUGCUCUGCUGUAUAAAAAGGGUUAAACUCAGUGUCUACUUCAAAAUACCUGUUAAGUCCUCUCUAAUCUACCAGAAAUACAGGAGCUCCAGUCUGUCCACAUAUUUUCUAAAAAUAGUUUCAUUCAUAUAUAAGAAAAACUCCGUCAUUGCUCCUGGGAGACUUUGGGACACUUUGCUCCAUGUGAACAACUACAGUAGUCCAUAGCAGAUGUAAACCUUGUUUACAUCUGCUAUGAACCUUUGAACUUUAGAUUAUUGUUAUAACAGCCUGAUCUGAAAAAUUAAAAUUUAGAGUCUUCGCAAAUUAUAAACAUUAAAAUCUCAACCCUGAGAUGUUAAUGUUCCCCGAGAUGAAAUGUAGAAAAAACUCAUGUGUAUCAACAAUGGACACGUGUGGAACACAGUUUGUAAAAGUUUGUGUCUGAAGACCUUUGCAUUUGUUUUCAUAGUUUUUAACAAUAUUUUUGUUAAAACGUUUAAAUCAACCAUUAAUAGGGACUUAAAAAAAGCAUAUACCACUUCCCUGUUUGCAAUAUUCAAGACGAUUUAAGAAAUGUAGUAAAUGUAAAUGCAA